AGACUCCGCGAGCGCUGGAUAGAGCGAGAGCCGCAGAGCGCGCUGGAUUCUCAGCCUUCCUUACGGAAAAGCCGAGUAUUUCCCUGCCUUUUCUGCCCAACCGCCAACUCCCUUGCACUUACUUAUUCUAUCCCCAGGAAACCCCUUGACGUUUUUCCUCCUUCCUUAUAGUUUUGUUUUCGGCUUUUAUUCACAGACUGAACAACUGGUUCAUGCACUGUUGCUUAUUUGGAUUUGUCCGACAUACGAGGGACGGUGGAUGAGCUGCUUUCGCUAAAACCGGAGAUGGAAUUGCUGAUAAUAUGCCUUUCCUUAUGGAUGUUGCAAUGCAAUUCAGUGGCGAGCGCGGACUCCAUCAUUCACAUCGGUGCCAUAUUCGAGGAGAACGCAGUGAGGGAUGAUGAGGUUUUCCAGCUGGCGAUCUCAGACCUCAGUCUCAACGACGACAUUUUGCAGAGCGAGAAAAUCACACACUCCAUAAAACUUGUCGAGGCGAACAACCCUUUCCAGGCGGUCCAGGAAGCCUGUGAGCUGAUGACCCAGGGCAUCCUGGCCCUGGUCACCUCAACGGGCUGUGCAUCGGCCAGCGCCCUCCAAUCCCUGACGGACGCCAUGCACAUCCCGCACCUGUACGUCCAGCGGAGCGGCGAGGGCUCGCCACGCACCGCCUGCCAGCUCAACCCCAGUCCUGAUGGCCAGCGCUACACCUUGGCGGCGCGCCCACCCGUCCGCCUCAACGAAGUCAUGCUCACGCUGGUCGGCGAGCUGCGCUGGCAGAAGUUCAUUGUCUUUUAUGACAAUGAGUAUGAUAUCCGUGGCCUACAGAGUUUCCUGGACCAGACAUCUCGGCAGGGGCUGGACGUAUCUCUACAGAGAGUGGACAGGAACAUCAGUAAGGUCUUCUCGAACCUCUUCAACACCAUGAGGACAGAGGAGCUCAACCGUUACAGGGACACGCUGAGACGUGCCAUCCUACUGCUCAGCCCCCGAGGAGCGGAGGCCUUCAUCCAACAGGCUGUUGAAACCAACCUGGCUUCCAAGGACAGUCACUGGGUGUUUGUCAAUGAGGAGAUCAGCGACACAGAGAUCAUGGAGCUGGCACACAGUGCUUUGGGGCGGAUGACAGUGAUUCGUCAGAUCUUUCCUCUGUGGAGGGACAGCAACGUGCGCUGCAUGAGGAACAACCACCGCAUCUCCUCCCUGCUCUGUGACCCACAGGAAGGAUACCUACAGUCACUGGAGGUGUCCAACCUGUACCUGUAUGACAGCGUGCUGGCUCUGGCCAAUGCCUUCCACAGGAAGUUGGUGGACAGGAAGUGGCACAGCAUGGCCAGUCUCAACUGCAUCAAGAAGUCCACCAAGCCAUGGAACGGAGGCUGGUCCAUGCUGGAGAACAUCCAGAUGGGACAUAUCACAGGUCUCACAGGAACAAUGGAUUUCAAAGCGAAUGGAUCCAAUUCUCAUGUUCAGUUUGAAAUUCUGGGCACUAGCUUCAGCGAGACGUUUGGAAAAGACGUGAAAAGGCUGGCUACGUGGGACUCAGUCCAUGGUCUGAAUGGGAGCCUGAAGGAGAGUCGCAUUGAGAACGGCAUGCAAGGAGUGACGGUCAAAGUAGUAACACUACUGGAGGAUCCCUUCGUCAUGGUGGCUGAGAACAUCCUUGGUCAGCCCAAGCGGUACAAAGGCUUCUCCAUCGACGUGCUCGACGCCUUGGCCAAGAUCCUGGGCUUCAAGUACGAGAUCUAUCAGGUGGCUGACAGCAAGUACGGCUCGCAGCUGCCUAAUGGCUCCUGGAAUGGAAUGAUCGGGGAGCUUAUAAACAAAAGAGCUGACCUGGCCGUAUCAGCCAUUACCAUCACUCCAGAGCGGGAGAGUGCGGUGGACUUCAGUAAGCGCUACAUGGACUACUCUGUGGGGAUCCUGCUGAGGAAACCAGAGGAGAAGAUCAACAUCUUCUCACUGUUCGCUCCGUUUGACCUGGCCGUGUGGGGGUGUAUCGCUGCAGCCAUCCCCGUGGUGGGAGUUCUCAUCUUCCUGCUAAGCAAGAUGCAGUCACUGAGGACCCAGAAUCCUCCAGUGCCACACCAGCAGCCCGCCACACAGGCGUCCAACUCCCUGUACAGUGCUAUCUGGAUAGUCUAUGGAGCCUUUGUACAGCAAGGAGGGGACAGCGUGGUGAGCUCUGUGGCCCUGAGGAUCGUCAUGGGCAGCUGGUGGCUCUUCACCCUCAUCGUAUGUUCCUCCUACACGGCCAACCUGGCAGCCUACCUCACCGUCUCCCGCAUGGACAACAACGUACGAACAUUCCAGGACCUGUCCAGGCAGAUGGAUGUGUCCUACGGCACUGUGAGAGACUCAGCCGUCUAUGAAUACUUCAAGAACAAGGGCACCAACCCGCUGGAGCAGGACAGCACAUACGCAGAGCUGUGGAGGACCAUCAGCAAGAACAACGGCCAUGACUACUCAGUGUCCAGUCCCUCAGAAGGCAUCCGCAAGGCGAAGAAGGGCCCGUAUGCCUUUCUAUGGGACAUGGCUGUGGUGGAGUACGCCGCACUGACGGACGAUGACUGCACCAUCACUGUCACAGGAAACAGCAUGAGCAGCAAAGGCUACGGCAUCGCCAUGCAGCAUGGGAGUCCAUACAGAGACCUCUUCUCCCAGAAGAUCCUGGAGCUGCAGGAAAAAGGAGACCUGGACAUCCUGAAGCAGAAGUGGUGGCCGCGUACGGGCCGCUGUGACCUCAACAGCCACUCCAACGCCACGCCCGACGGGAGGUCCCUGAAGCUGCACAGCUUUGCCGGUGUCUUCUGUGUCCUGGCCGCCGGACUGCUGCUGGCCUGCCUGGUUGCCGGCCUGGAGAUGUGGUGGAACAGCAACCGCUGCGGGCAAGAGCAGCCCAAAGAGGUUACUAAGGAUUACAGACUGGCAAGGGUUUCUGGUCCAUUGACAUAUAAUGACAUUACCACUGCUUCACCGGAAGGGAGGAAGGACAUUUGGACAGAGAGAGAAAGAGACUGGGAUGAAGCAGAAGCUAUUGACACAGGACAAGGAGGUGAAUCUGGAACAGGUGCAUCGGCGUAUGAACAGUCUUAUGGACGAGGACAUGGCACACAAGCAGAUCCCUGGCCCGUCUAUCGAGAUCUCUGCGCUGGACAUCGACAGCAUGCAGCCCAGCCGGCAGCUGGAGUCUGUGCGGGACUACCCGGGCAGGGGCCUGUCUGUGAGCACCUAUCUCCCGGGGGAGGGCCAUGGGGUGGGCCUGGGUCGGACACUAGCUCAGGGCCCUGGCAGCACACUCCCCCACCACCCCCCCAGCAGCUCCACCAUCCCCUCCAUUCAGUGCAAACACAGGGCUCCCAACGGGGGUCUGUUCCGACUGAGUCCCGCCAAGACACCCAUGCCAAUGUCAUACCAGGGAGUUCCCGGAGGACCCAUCCCAGAAGCCAUUGAGCCCACCCACAGUACAUCCAUCUGAUGGUGCCUCAACGUCACAUCUCCUACCCCUCACCUGAUUUGUGUGGGGUAUUAUUUGUGGGGGGGAAAUACAUAAAUAAAAAAAUUGGGAAAGUGUGCAAACAAGAGAAAUAAGAGAUUUUUAUUACCUGUUGAACAACCGACAUCAAAGGAAAAGCAAAUUUUUUUUGUAUAUAUUUGUAAAUACUGAGAGAACGAAGUGAAGUUAAAGUGUAUUUUGAAUAUUCUCAAUUUUUCAAGUUGAGUUAUAAAAAAACUAAAUAAGAUGAAAAAAAAGUAAAAAAAAUGACUGUUUGAAUGGCUUUGUAAAUUUUGUUCUAUAUGAAUAAUGACGCAAAUUCAUUGUGAUUGUUUUCUAAGUGCCGAAAAAUGUCUCUCCACAGUUCAUUCUUAGAUUACCAUUCACCAUAGGACAUAAUGUUGAACUCCAACUGUUAUGCACCUCUUUAACAAUCUUAUACUUCAGUAUCAGAUAAGAAUAUUCCAAAUAGAUGGAAUCAUUUUGUUUGUAAGACAUAUAUACAUUUUUCAAGUUUUUUUCCCCUUCUUUUUCUAACUUAAAGUCUUGGUGAAUCAUUGUUUAAGGCUGAAACUGAAGUAAACAUUGUUUCUCAUGAGUUCUACAGAUUUAUGAAAUGGAUGGUACUUCAUUAAGUUCAAUUUCAGCCCUAUGUUGUCAAAGACAGAGGGAGAUACAGUCUCAGUCAGCCCCCCAACAGCAAAGAAAGGCAGUCCUAGUGGUACUCGUGCCGUUUACAGCAUAACAUCAGCCACGCUAAGGGAAUGUUCAAAAGGAAUCUGACAUAAAUCAUGAUUGAAUCAUGCCCCUUCCAGUGUAUGCUACAUGUUUCCUUGAUUGAGUGGGAGGGAUGUUUAAAACAAAACUUUUAUUUUUACAUUUAACAAAAAAAAGGCUCAUUUUAGGAAAAAAUAGAUGUAUUCAUUUCGUACUUAAGGAUUUAUUGUUGAAAAGCUGUAUACCGGUUCUCCUUUCAGAGCAGUGAAGUCUUUUGAACUGCAGAGGGAGAAAAGUAGAUAUAUAAUAUCUCAUAUUUAUCAUUUGUAAUAGAGCAAUUAUCACCAAUGAAAAUGGAAGAUAAUAUCAAAAUCAUGAACUAUUAGUGUUGGUAAUAGCAGUUCAGGUGGCAUAUCCUAAUGUCUAAAUUCUGAUGGAGUUCUGUUCAUAAAACAAACAGAAUUUCCCCAUCAAUUAACCUGGGCACAUUGCAGAGCAGCAAUGUCACAUUUCCAACUGAAGAUGAACUGCAAAACUUUACCAAGACUUUCAGAAGUGCAAUUAAAAUGCAAUUAUGUCCUGCAGUAUACUUUUUGUUUCUGUUUAUUUCCUUUAGCCUGUCAUUCUGGAAAACUCAUUGCUAGGAAGUGAGAUAGUGAAUGUCAAUCUCAGUGGUUAUAUUGUGUUGUCGUUCGUCACAUCCUAUAUGCACAAUACAACGUGUACCAGGAGUACUGAUAGGUGAUCUAUACUCAUACUGUUAAAAAGGUUUUCAUUUACUGGAUUGUCCGUACCUCUUGGAAAAUGUAACCAAUUUCCCUGCAGAGCCAUUGAGGGAAAGCAAAGAACGAUAAUUAAGUGAUGUCAUGAGAAUAAACAGAACUACCAUACCUCAAAGUGAGAGAAUCAUGUUUCGCAUCACCCGUUCUCCGCUCAUGCUUCUCGAACUAAAUUGGCGAGGUUGUAAAGCCUGUAUAUUUUGUACAAGUACAAGUACUUACUAAUGUGAACCAAAGUGAUCUCAUUUUACACUGUGUUCUGCAUACAACCUGUGGCUCUGAUCAGCUAACAUUGGUGAAAAGGAAGUCCCACGUUACUGUACUGUAAGGGUUUUGUGUGUUUCACUGCCUUACUGUAUACCCCCCCCCCCCCCCCCCCCCGGUUACUGUAUCAAUGGCCACACCACAAUAUUAAAGAAAAUAUUAUAAGAAGCUAUCAUACCAUAUAGUCUGUAAAAGUACAUCUAAGGGAGACUCUUAUUUUAUUUAUGAAUAUGCUGCUUGGAGUUUCUUAAUCUUUAAUAAAGAAAUAUGGUUUACAUAUGUUUGUUUCUAUGAUUCACGGGCAUGUGAUGAUAGAUAACCCGUACAGUACAUUUGCAUGUGCCAGUAUUAUAAACCAUUUGUCCUAUAUUCAUUUAUUUUUAAACAUUAUGAAAACAUUAACAUUUUAUUUUGAUCUUUGAAAACCAAUUCUAGUACUAACUGAUAUCAUAGAAGUCAUGUCUGCCUUGCUUUAUUUGCUUUAAUGCUCUCGCUAUGAUAUAAAUGAAAAUCAUCCCUUUGAGGUGGUGCUCUGUUAACUGGCCAACAUGAAGGAAAUGAUUCCAACAGAUAGCUGAGGAUGACAGAAUAGACCAAUCAACAAGUUCUCUUCAUCACAACAGGGCCUUUUACUUACGCCUAGGGCUGUUGCGGUGACCCUAUUACCGCCACACCGGCGGUCACGAGUCAUGAAGGCAGUCAAAUUCCACAGGCUUCUCCAAGCUCUGAUGCUGCUGAUAGUCAUUAGUAGCCUAUCAAACUUGCUAACUGCCGGGUACUCAGCACUCUAUUGUUCCUCUAAUCACUCUGACAUCAAUGCAAAUGUAUUUGAAAAUCUAAUCAAACACUUCAUGAGAGCCCAUGAGCUCAUGUUGCGCAACAUUUCUAUAGGCUAUGCAAUUGCGGGAGAAAACAAAGUGAUGGCUGCUAAUAAACAGACGAGGAUCCCAUCGGCUUUCUAUAGGCUAGGCCUACUAUAUUUAUUUCUCAACGUUCCUAAUAUUAAGCACAUUGCUUAUAUUUACAACAGGAGUAUAGCCUACCUGGCUGGCAUGAAAAUAAACCACGAGGAAAAGUGUCCUCCAUUCGCUAUUUAAGUGCAUAGAUGAUGUAUUCUUUCCGCUGCCCCUGUUUUGAUACAGGUGCAUGAUAAUGGUCCAUUCUUAAUCAAAACAAAUGUCACACAUAUAUGAUUUAGUAUAUGUAAAGAUUAAAUCAAAAAUAGUCUGAUGGGUGACAAUAUUAGCCUAUCAGUUGAGAAUGAUAUAUUAUCACUUGUGAAUGAUGCCCAGCAUAAGAAACAAUGCCUUUUUUUGCGACCUUUUUCUAAUCGCACACCUCAUGUAACCUAGCCCACAGGCCUAUAUGUUUUAAUAAGGUUUGUAUCACAACUAAAGUGGCCAAAUAACUUCUUAAAAUUAAGCACAUUAAUCCUCUUUCCAAGAGAUGUAGAGCCUACUGGCCUAUAAGCAGCGCAUGAAUUUCACGUUUGGGGAAGACCAUUUUCACCAUAGAAAUGCACCUUCAGAAUAAAAGCAGUACAUGCAUAUUUGCAUUUGCGGUCACUUUUGAUAAUGGUGUUUUCUGCUGUUGGGUUCUGAGAAUAUGAAUAUUGAGUGCAGGGAAGUGAUCACAUGUGGCAGGAAUUGAUAAGGGGAGAGAGCCAUGGAUUAGUGAUGAAGGGGGGGGGGGGGUUGAGGUCAGGUCAGGUGAGGUGACGUUAAGGGAGAAACAAAAGUUUAUGGCCCGUAUCACUUAGUGUCCUGCCUAGCAGUAAAGACACAAUGUUUGUACAGAUGUGUAGGAGGAGACUCAGCCUAGGAGGAAGGGUUAAAUAUCAUUGCUUGUACAGAUGUGUAGGAGGAGACUCAGCCUAGGAGGAAGGGUUAAAUAUCAGUGCUUGUAUGAAAAUGUUUUUGUCUAAUGCAGCUGUAUUGACAUUCUGGGAAGAAUAAACUUGGUUA